AUGAGCAGGCGCGAUUCCGCGGAGCAAACCUCGAAGCCCGUUUCUCGGUCAGGCACGCCAGAUCCCCGUUUCGGCGCAUCCAACGGCGGAGAUGCGCCGAUGCCGUUGUACCACAAACCGCGGGGCAAGCGGGAAGGCCUGAUUUACCGCCUGGUGGCGUUACUGCUGCAGCUGCGCCUCUCCUCCACAUCCGUUGUUCUCUCUGUGCUCGCGAUUCUCCUCGUCUCGUUAGCGCUGGUCGGACGGAGAGGGACCGAUGCGAGUUUGGAUUAUGGCGAUAAUUUAAUGGCGGGUAGUGAAGGCAUAGAGGUGAUUCCGAUCGUCGCAGGCGACGCAGGCGACGCGGGAGGCGUGACGUGGAUGGAGGUCGAGCGGCUCGCGAGGGACGGCGCGCGAGCGCAGGACAGGUUCGGGUUCGGAAGCCUGAAAGGCGCGCACGGAGGCGACGGGGGGAGCGGAGAGAGCGGAGGGAACGGGGGGAACGGGGGGAACGGGGGGAGCGAGAAUGUUGAAACGCUCGCAACCAGCGGAGAGAAAGGCACAAGCGACAAGGGCGAGACGGGCGAGGUGGUCGGGAGUAGCGGCAUUUCUGCGGUUGACUCGAUUGACUUAGUUGACUUCAAAAACUUGGUUGUCCACGCGGCAACCGAUCUCCCGGACUUUAUUCUCCUCCUGCUGCGGCCGCUGGCUCCAUUAGGCUCGUCAAAAUCAGACGUGGCAGCUGGUUACACGGCCGAUGACGUGGUAGCUGCAGCUGGUAAUCGAUCUUCCGAGGGAGCCUCUAGCGGAAUUGUUAGGAACGCGCGGUUCGGCCGGGCUCGAGUGUCGCAGCAGCAGCUGGAGCGGAUAAAGGAGAUGCAGUGCAGGUUCGUGAAAGGUCCGUUGACUGCUCGCACGCGCGUGCUACAGGUGUCGGCUGAUGGGCUCGACGCUGUGGGCGACGUCGGCGACUUGAGCGACGUGAGAGACGUGGGCGACGAAAGAAGCAGCAGCAGUGGGAGUGGCAGCAACAGCAGCAGCAGCAGCAGCAGUAGCAGCAGCCGCGGGGCGGAGAGGGCGACGGGGGGGAGCAACAGGCGACGGUUGGCGACUGUAGGAGUGUCGCAGGAGCAGCGAGGGGACACGGGAGUGGGGGUGCAAGGGGCGGCCGGCGAGAAGGCAGGCGGGAACGAGUCGAGGGAGGAGGGAAGGAGAGGGAUGGGAGAUGGGCAGGUGGGAGGGAUGGGAGGAGGGCAGGUGGGAGAGGUGAUUACUGGUGUGAUAUACACCAACCCGCACCUGCCACCUGUGCUGGCCAAUGUGACGUGCGUGUUUGGGGCAGAUGGGGGGACAGGGGGAGCUGGAAGCAGCGGAGGAACAGGGGGGACAGGGGGAGCUGGGGCAGGAGGAACAGGAGGGGCAGGGGGGGCUGGCGCUGGGGGAAGCGGCGGCGAGGAGGAAAGGGGCAGUGAGGGGGGAAGUGGCAGUGAGGGCGCGGAGCAGGUGGGGGUGCUGCGAGUGCCUGCGCUGGCUGCUGCUAUGGAGGUGGUAUUCUGCCCUCUGCCCGCCUCUGUUGGUGCUUAUGCUGUGGAGUACGAGGGGCGGCUGUUCCCGUCUGUAGCGCUCUUUGACCCCGUUGACCCGUUUGACCAGCCCGAGGCGCCUCACGGGCAGCUGGAGGGAGACGAAGGAUCCAACGGUCAGCAUAGCAGCGAUGGGAGCCAGAAUGGUGGCAGUGAUAGUGAUAGUUGGAGGACUGGUGCUGGUUUGAAUGCUGGCAGUGCUGUUAAUGGCAGUAAUACUCAUGUGGGGACGAAACAGGCAGCGGGAGUGGAAGCAGGGGAGGAGGCGGGAGUCAGCAUGUCCCAGCAGGCGGGGUUCUCCCACUGCGUGCUGCGCGCAGCAAGGCAGUGCGAGUGGGUGGGCUUCAUAGACGUGGAUGAGUUUGUUGCCCCCAAGUUCAUUGCGCAUAUCGCUGAGGGCAGGAAGGGGCUGGAGGGGGAGGUGAGGGAGAAGGGGGUUUUCAUCCCGCAUUUGCUGAGACGGGUGGUGAGGGCGAGUGAGAGGGAGAUCGAGGAGGUGCUUGCGAGGAAGAUGGGUAAGAAGCACGGGAAGGGAGGGUUGGGGGGAAAUGACAAGGGGAGCAGGAGUAGCAAGAAGAGCAAAGGUGAUCAGGCAACAAAGAAGAAAGGAAAAGGUAGUGAAGGGGAUAAAAGCAAGGGGAAGCAGGCCAAGAAGAGUAAGCAGGCAAAGGGGGAAGCGGAGGAGGAGGAGGAUGAGAAGGGAGAGGGGAUGAGGAAAAGAGGGGUGGAGAAAAAGGAGAAGACGAAGAAGAGAAAGAAGGGCACUGGCGACGUUGACUCCAAAAGCCUCACUUCGCACCCCCAGCAGGGCGUGUCGGUGGGGUAUACCUGCCGGGCUCGCAAGCCCGACCGCCACAAGUCGUUUGUGCGUCCCGAGGCGGUUGCUGACUCGCUGCUGUGCCACAUCCACCAGUUUGAGCUAAGGGAGGAGAAAUACCGAAGUCAAGUGUUCUCCGGGAGGGUGCGACUGGCCAACAUCAACCACUUCAAGUUCCAGGUGUGGGACGAGUUUAAGGCCAAGUAUCGGCGGCGAGUGGCGACAUACACAAAGGACUGGAAGGGGGCGAAGCAAAACAGCAACGAUUUAAUACCUGGGCUGGGGACCGAUGCAGUGGAGCCUCCUGAUUGGGCGGGUCGGUUCUGCGAGCGCAACGACACUGUGUUGAGGGAUUUUGUGAAGCUGGCCUUUGCUGUGAAGGACGGGAAAGGAGGGGAUGGGAGGAAUCGGACGUGCUUGGCGUGGGAGUGA